CCUUCUGCUCUCCGCGAGUAGUGAAGGUGCCGCGCUGUCCGUGUUAUCGUCUCCUAGUGAGAUCGAGCCGUAGUGCCCAGAGGCGAGGUACUACCUCUGUCCCAGGCAAAGAAAGACGAGACCGGGGAACGGGCAGCAGCUGGGCCGCACCGGUGAGGACUGGCCGCUCUGCUCCUUCGCUUGCUGCUGUCUCUGGGAACGGGGUGCCAAGGCUGAGGGACCUCCAGCGGGUGGCAGCCUCCUUCCCUGGCUCCCCUGCCCACCCUGCCGGGGAGGGCGGAAGAUGCCAGUGAAGAAAAAGAGAAAAUCCUCCGGGGUGGCAGCGGCAGUAGCGGAAGACGGAGGCCUCAAAAAGUGUAAAAUCUCCAGCUAUUGCAGAUCCCAACCCCCUGCUAGACUAAUAAGUGGAGAGGAACAUUUUUCAAGCAAGAAGUGCCUGGCUUGGUUUUAUGAGUAUGCAGGUCCUGAUGAAGUUGUAGGGCCAGAAGGAAUGGAAAAGUUUUGUGAAGACAUUGGUGUUGAACCUGAAAAUAUUAUUAUGUUAGUUUUAGCGUGGAAAUUGGAGGCUGAAAGCAUGGGAUUUUUUACCAAGGAAGAAUGGUUAAAGGGAAUGACUUCAUUACAGUGUGACUGCACAGAAAAGUUACAGAACAAAUUUGACUUUUUACGCUCACAGCUGAAUGAUAUUUCAUCAUUUAAGAAUAUAUACAGAUAUGCCUUUGAUUUUGCAAGGGAUAAAGAUCAGAGAAGCCUUGAUAUUGAUACUGCUAAAUCUAUGUUAGCUCUUCUGCUUGGGAGGACAUGGCCACUGUUUUCAGUAUUUUACCAGUACCUGGAGCAAUCAAAGUAUCGUGUCAUGAACAAGGAUCAGUGGUACAAUGUAUUAGAAUUCAGCAGGACAGUCCAUGCAGAUCUUAGUAACUAUGAUGAAGAUGGUGCUUGGCCUGUUCUUCUUGAUGAAUUUGUUGAGUGGCAAAAAAUCCGUCAAACAUCAUAGCAAGAACUAUUGUGAAGAAAAUGCAAACUUUUGAUUCCCAUGUGUAUACAAGCCAAUGAGUUGAGGGGGAUAAAAUCCGAAGGGUGCAUUUUCAUUCAUAUGAAAGACUUACAGUACUUUUUUUUCCUUUUUUUUAAAGGAAGUUUCCUUGUUACAUGUGAUGGGCAUUGAACCACACCUCUUCUGAGACUGAAUAUUGACGUUUUUGUUUCAAGUUAUGUUUUUAACAAUAAAGAUUCAGAUUUGUGACAAAGGCCUUAACGUGAAGAUGUCCCUUGAGUGUCAGAGUGGUAUUUAUUUUUGUAAAUUUGAAAUCUUGAAUUUUUGAACUUCUAAAUCACAAUGAAUUUGGAUAAUUUAAAGACUCAAGUAUUUGACAAUGUAGUUUGAUGGUGAUAUGGCUCAUUUUACUGAUCUUUGCACAACUAGAAAGGAUAAUUAUUUAUAUUGAUUUCUGGCAUCAUGAUUUUGUGUUACAGCUGGUAAAAUAGCAUUUCUAGAUUUCAGAAGUGUUUCAACUUCCAGUUCUGGGUUUCUGUAAAAGCUGCCAAGGUCUUAUACACACAUACCUUAUUUGAAGAGUUUAAAAUCAGAAAGGUUAUGUCCAGUUAUUUUUGUUUUCUAACCUUUAGUAUUUUUAAUAUGCAUAAAUGAAUAUUGCAUGUAUAUCCUUAACAUUAAUUUUAAGUUUCUGAAUUUCUGUCAUUUAAAAAAUUUUUUUUAUAUUUGAAGAGGUUGAUAAAUUAAUGGUCUUAAAAUCAAACAUGUUUGUGAGAGAAUUAGGGCCGGUAUUGAACUUGUAUUGUUGUUAAUGCAGGAACUGUUAUGGAGAGCAGUUUCGUUUGCCUUAAGAAAACUGUAGCUCUGUUGUAGAUUUAGUGAAGAUACAUGUAAGAGAACAUAAGGAAUCAUGAGCGAACUCUGAAUGUAACUGCAAAUUCAGUUAGGCCAUUUACAUUGAUAGUGUCAUAGUUUUCUAUUUAUCAUAAUUUAAGGAGAUGGCAGCAUUUUCUAGUUCACAAAAUAAGUACUUCUAGUUAGCAGUGAGCCUGUAACUACUUUCCUUUCAAACCAGUCAUAUCAUCAGUAUCCCAGUCAUAGGAAAACUUUGUUCACUUUGUGACAGUCCCCCACCUCAGUGUUUCUAGUUUUAUUGUAUAAGUGGAGAGAAGUAAAUAGGGUAUUUUUCCAUAAUAAGGAACUGUAUUGAUAAAAGAUACAUGGUUUUGAUGAUAGAUCUUUAAUGAGUGAUUUUCAGUAUUGAAUACUUAAGAAAUAGGACUUUCAAGCUUUUUAAGUUAAUGAACAGAGAAGAAGUAAUUCUGUGCUUUUUUAGUGAGAUUAUUUUGUACAGUUUGUAAAACACCAGUAUAGUAGUGGGAAAGAGUUUUCCUAAACAUCUUACAGAUUUUUUUUUUUGGUAUCACGUUUUUUUUUUUCCCCUUUUGGUACUAGGGAUCAAACUCAUGACUUCAUGCUUACCAGGAAAGUGCUUAAACCAUUGAGCUAAAUCCCUGACACAAAAGAUAAAUUUCUUAGAAUGCUUUAGAAUGCUCUUAAGCAUUUGAAUCAAAUUACUGGAAUUGAGCAUAAUAUGGUGGUAAGAUUUAAUCUGAAGAAUAUUUUAAUAUAACACUCACAAGCAAAGUAUUUAAAUUUUUAAACUUUUGAAUUUACAAUUUAAUUGAAUCCUCUCUAAGGCACAACUUUUAAACUUGAAAAGUAUUGCCCAUUUUUGUUUAAUUCUCAAACAGUUUAAAUGGUCAGUUUAUGGCUUCAGCUAAUGGUAGUGUCUUUGUCCUUUUCACUGAGAAAAAUAAACAUUUAAAACUUUUAGAAGGCCUUUUAAAAAUUGAAAAUACGAAAAUAUUUACUUGCUUAUCCAAAAAUAUCUUUAAGAUUUCUUGAGUCUGAAAAUGAAAAUUAAUUUUUUCUUAAAGUCAGCAGUCCUAAUCCCUCUCUGGUUCCAUCUAUUUCCCUUGAUAUAUUUUGAAUUUCACCUUUUUUUUUUUUUUAAAUGGACUCACUUAAGUUGCCUAGGCUAGGCUUAAACUUGGGCUCUUCCUUUCUCAGCCUUCCAGAGUGCUGGAUUUAGCCUUCUUAGAGUUGUAACAUUUACAAAUUUACUCUUCUGAUUUCUCAGUCUGGGUGUGGGCUGUUUCCAUUCUUUCCUUUCUUAAGUGUACAGCAGUUAAUUUACUGAAGAUUUUUAGAUGUUAAGUAAAGAGGACAGUAUAUAGGAACCUGAACUAUAAAAAAGAAAUCUGUUGUGGUUCCUUUUAUGACUUAAAGUGCCUUCUCAGGAAUUCUGUUGUAAAACUUUCAGAUUUAUUUCCUUUGUACAGAGUGUAAUACUCUAGGUGCUUAAUAACAUGGAGUUGAUUUGCUUCUUAUACAAAUUAAUAUUACUGAAGAACGUAGAGCCAGGUGUUGAGUCUCACCUGUACGUGAAUACUGAGGUCUCUCCCCUUAACUCCUAAUGAUUCCUUUGAGACAAUAAUUUUUAUUGGUCUGUGAAAACUUGCCAAGGAUUCAGGUAACAGUUGAUAAAACAUUUUAUGGUUUGUGUUGAUCUAAAUCUAUGUGGCCAUAUUUAUUUCUUACUGUCUCGUAAUUCUUGUUUUUUAAAUGCUGCUCAUAAAAUUCUUGAUAUAAUACAUUUUUUGAAAAGUAUUUUUAUAUAUAAAGAAUAGGUUUUAUUAAUUUAGUUUAUCUCUAGAUUGAUUUAUUUUACUCUAGAUUGUUUCUUGGGAUUUAAAAAGCCUCCCACGGAGAUGUUAGAUGGACCCUGAGGAGUAAAUCUCUUACGUGCAAAUGUCUUUCAUCUAGCAAACCAAAAAUUUAUCUUAAUAAUAUUGAAUGCCAUUGAUUUGCAGGGCUGAGAGCAUGAGUAGAAUUUUGAGAUAACAAAAAAUUUUAAGGCAUAUAAGAUAUGUUGAGUUGCUCAGAUAUAAGACAAAGGAAAUACAUUGAUAUAUUCUCUUUGAAAUAUUUCUUCAGCAGAACAUGUUCUUUCUGCCAUUAGCUGUUGUGAAAUUAUAAAAAGACUUUCUAAAAUUUAUUAUAUGCUUAGUUUUGAGGAACAAGUAAUGCUGACUCAGUUUGUUUUAUUAUGUUCUUGAAAAAGUGCAUUUAAUACUGCUGUGAUAAUUUAUCAUGCGAUAAAACUAUUUUUGCUCUUAGGUUCCUAAAGCCUAAAGUUUUGUAGCACCACUCGUGCUUCCCAGAUGUUUAAAGCAGCACAUACAUCGACAAAUGUGUAAUUUAGAUGUAUUCUUUAUUAAAAUAAGAGAAUAGGCAAAAAAGUUGAUCUUACUGCUGAAGAAUUCAUAUUCCUAAGGAAGACUUUUCCUUUCUUAGGGAAGUGUCAUGUCUUAAGUGACACAAGAAAUCAUCACAAGGAAAUAUUUCAAGAAAGGAAGCAUUUUUCUCUUCAGGAGCAAAGAAAUAAUAAAAUGUCACUAGUUUCUGCAGUAGAAAUUAUUCUAGUAUGAAUUAUUCAGUAUUCUAGACCAUUCUAGUUACCCAUGAUUAUAUUGUGGAAGCCCCAAAAGCAGUCUUAUCUUUUAUGGUAAACUACAGAUUGUAGAAAAACGAAUUGCCCCAAAACUCAGGUAAAUUGUCACUAACAUUUAAUUGUAGAAAUUCAUCUAGUUAACUUCACUAGGCAAACCCUUUAAUCUUUUAAAAUACAGUUUAUUUCCCUUUUCCCAAACACCAGUCUUUUUUUUUUUUUUUUUUUUUUUUUGUCUUUUUCUUUUUUAUCGGUAUUAGGCAUCGAACUCGCGACUGCCUGCUUGUAAGGCAGGCGCUUAUGCCGCUGAGCUAAAUCCCCAGCCCCACACCAGACUUAAUAAAACUGAUCAUGAAUUGCUGCUUGCCUUGCAGUCUUCUGCAUUUUGUAAGUAUGCAGAAUUACAUAACUAGCAUAAUUAAUUUUUUAUUGAACUUAGGUAUUUUACCUGUACUACUCUGUGUCAUGUAGUGAAUUGGUUUAUAGCAAGAUUUUUAGCUACAAAUGGAGAAUGCUCACCUCUUUGGGAUUUGUAUUAGCUUAUAUAUUGAAUUAAUAGAAGUUACAGCUGAGAAUCUGAAUUUGACUGUCUCUGCCUCCUCCCUGUGAUUUCACUUUUAGACAAGUCAUUUGACCUCUGACAUCUUGAGCUGCUUCUGUAAAAUAGCAAAAGUAAUGCAACUUAGUAUUAUUAAGAAGUCUAUAUAGGGUCCUGUCUACAUCACUUAGUAGAUAUUAAGUGACUAUACUUAGGUUUUUUUAAAUCAAAAAAUUUUUCCCAAUAAAUUUUACUAUAUCAUAUAAGCAAAUAGCCUGGAUUUCUUGUUUUAUUGUAAAAUAAAUUGUUCAUAUUCCUUAUAGACUGAAUUAUUAAUUCAACAGAUCCGAAUUAUACCAAUUGUUCUUGGAGGCCUUAACAUGUAACAGAGCAUAUAAUAAGUAACUCAACUUUGUGGGGCUUUCAUUUGAAUUAUUAAGUAAAAUACAUAGUUCAUUAUGUGGUAACAAGAUUCCUUGGAGGAAAUAAGUUGAAGGUGAGAGCGGAAGAGUAGGAACAUAGGAUUGCUGUUCUAGAUAGACUGAAGACUUAAAUAAUUAGGGCAGAGACCUGAAGAACUGGAUAAUACAAAUAUCUGCAAAAAGUAUUCCAGGUGGAAGGAAGAGUGUGUGCAAAGACCAGGAGUUUGUACAGUGUGCUUGGUGUCUUAAUAUCAGUGUGACCAAUAAGCACGAAGAAUCAGGAAGUAAGGUUAAGAGAGAGUGGGGGCAAUGAUUGUGCUUGACUGUAGGUACCUGAUGAGGCAUACUACUUCUAAACACUUAGAGUGAGUGUGGUGGGAAGCCAUUAGGGUUGUGACCAGAACAGCCCUAGGGCGAAAAGAGUGAGGAGGAUAAUACAGUGAGGGCAGGGCACAUCAGUCAUCAGACUGUGAGUACAUGUAGAUGGGGUAAGCGGGUGAAUUGGGGGUGGACUAUAAGAAAAGGAGAAUGCUUAAGGAUUUUGGCUUAACUCCAGAAGUGAAAUGACAGGUAAGGAAAAGACUCAAAAGGAGCAAGACUUGAGAGCUUAGUGUUGGAUGUUGUGUAGACCUGAUGCCUUGUUAAAUGGAGGGAAAUCUGGAGUAGACAGAAUUCAAAGGUAAAAUUUGGUUUGGAGACAAAUUGAAAGUCAUCAAUGUGUAUACCUAUUUUAAAUCCAGAUGUGGCACAAGUUACAUGAAGAAAAAGUACAGAAAGAAUGCUGCUAAAUUGAACACAAGAUUAGUGAUAGAGUAGAGCUGCUUUUGUGAUUUUUCAGGUAAAAAUGUUAACAUUUUUUACCACAUCUACAAACAAUUUCUGUAUUAUAGAGACACUGAGGUUUUAAAAAUUAAGAUUGAUAAAUUACCAACUACCUAAAAAGUUGAGCAGGGAUGCCACUUUACUGCUUAAUUCUCAGGAUGAGCAUUUAACAGUAUAUUGCCAAGUCGUGUCCCGUCGUCGGUGUCCCGUCCCCCCCCCCCCAGUAGAAAGUUGCCGCUUUGAUUCAAUUUGACAGUUUUAGCACUAGAGGGCAGGCCUGCUCCUAGAUUAUGAAGAGUUUUACAAGUUAAUUUAACCAAACAGUACCUGUGUUCAUUGUCAAUGAAUGCACUUGUUUCUCAAGCAACAAGUUUACCAUGUAAUGUUUUUUUUGUUGUUGUUGCCUAAGAACCCUGAAAUAAGACUAAUGGUUGAUUUUAUUAUGUUUAAGGGCUGGUAACUAAAAGUAACACAUUUGUAUAAAGUUCAAGAAACCAAAUGUAGCUUUGUUAAUCUGAUGUAGUCAACCAUGCAUCUAUAUUGAGCAUAAGAGAAUUUGAAGAGAGCUAAACCUUAUCCAGGAAAUGUACUUAGCUAUUAACUUUAUGCUGGACAUUGUGAUAAAAGUUGGGGCUGCAAAAAUGAGCAAAAUAUCCACCUGACUCAAACUUUGAUAGAUCCUCAGCAUCACUUAAUAUUUAGUGCUGCAUGUAUUUAAAUGUCUUUUCCCUUGAGUAAUACAAAUCUGAACCUGUUUUUCUUAGGUACUUCUUAGUAUUCAUCAUAGUGCCUAACUUUAGGUUAGUUCAGUGUUUGAAUAAAUGCAUGAAAAAAAAGUUGAAUUGGGGGCCUUUGCCAAAAAAUAAAAGCCACCAAAACCCAAAACACCUGUUUUCAUACUGUCACCUUUACAGAAAGGGUUUCCUAUUAACAUCUCUAAAGGUUAUGGAGACGAUUCUAUCUUUUUUCUUCCCUCCUCCCUUUUUCUAAUAGUCUGAAUGGAAGGUCUAGCCUUUUCAUAGUCACUGGAGUGAAAAGAUGUAUGAGAAAGGUGGAUGGCACUCUCUGGCUGACUUCUAUUAGCUCAAAAAGUCGGAGGUGAGUGGAACCUUUUGGAAUGAGGAUACCUCCUUUUCCCCCUUUUCCCCAGAAAGCUUUCUCCUAUAUUAGCCAUGUGCUCCUCUGGCCUUUUUACUUCAGCAUGCUGCUAGUUCUUCUGAUUUCCUUGCCAGUAAAAUGAAAAUAAUACUCCUUACCUAGAGGAUUCUUUUGAGAAAGAAAUAUAAUACAUUUAGUAGAUACUAGCUACAUUGCUGUCUGAAAGAAGUGGAUUAGUGGGACCCUUUAGGCUGAAUUUUUGUUCAAAAACUUAAGUUGUUGCACAAUAGAACCAAGUAAGUGGGAGCAAGUUUACCCACUAGAUCACAUUUAGAAGCUCUUAGGAAAUGAAUCUAAUAUCAGUGUUAUAGAUUAAUUUGAAUUACCUGCUUGAUAUAGUGAAAUAAUUCUCCAAAGAGAUUUUAAAUGAGGUGAUCAAUUUGGAAUGUGCUUGGUCCCAAAUAAUGUGUUCAGUAUUAUUUACUAUAUUUGCGUUUAAAAGUGGAUCAGGAAAGACUUUUAAAAGGUAAAUAUUAAAAAUACAAUUACAGUACUAUGCCUUACUACAUUGUUUGAUUCUGUUAUGCUGUUAAUUUUUAGAAAAUUAAGCAGCAAGGCUCUUCCCAAAGUAAUUUUUGUCUAGAACCACAAAAUUUAAAAUAGCUAAAAUGCUCUAGUUGAGGUAGGCUCUUGUUCUGCUUACCAUCCCUGGUACCAUCAUUUCUGAGAAACCUCCAAGGAAUAUGUCAGUACUUCUGACUAGUAUAUUUGGAAAACCAGUGUGUUCAUAUUUGUACUUUGACAUGCUGAAUGUGAACAAAGUAAUAGAGAAAACUGAAUUUCUAUUUAGUAGUUGCUAUUUCAUUCUCUGUAAGAAGCCAAGAGGUAGCUGGGGCUGUUGUGAUCUGAAAUAAGAUGAGAAAUAUUUCAAGCAAUAUUGGGAACAUUUAUAUUAGAAUGAUAAUUCAUAAUUGUCUUAGAGUUAUUAUCUGGAGUUGAUAUAUGAAGUACCAGACUUAUAAAGGAUGAAUACCCACGGACUCAAACUUCACUGUGGUCCCUUAGCACAUAGGAUAAAACACGAAUACAGUUGCUACUUUCUACAUUUGAGAAUUAUGGUCCUCAGAGAGGAAACGUAUCUGUGUUAGUCAUAGGUUUCCUUUAUGCCCACCUUAUAAUAAGGUGUUUAUUGAGUGAAUGAAAAAAUUUACAUGUUUACCUUUACUCUUAAACUGUAAGUUACUUGAAAUUCAGACUGUUCAUCUCUUUAUGCCCAGGGCCAGCACAUGGCCAGCAUGUUUUUUGCUUAAUCAAAUGAGUGAGUUGUUGAAUUUGUUGAAUUAAUUGAAUGAACAAAUGUGUUUACACAAAGCAUUUACAUAUCUACAAUUCCUUUAGGCUAAUAUUUUCGAUAAUAGAAAUCAUGUCUUUAGUUCUUAACAUAGUAUCUAACUUAGUAAAUUGUCAGAAAAGUUUGCACAACUGAAUAGAACUCAAGCUUUAGUAGUACCAGUGUCUUCUAAUUAGACAUGAAAAUUACCCCAUGAUUGAAGAUAGAGCUCCUAAGCAUUUUCUGAGCACCAGUUGAAAAAUUUAAGGACCAGCCUAUAGUAAUUCAAAGGAGAAUGAGUCAGUCCUGUGUACUGAAACAGUCAAGAUGGCUUUUCAGAACAGAUUAAACUUGAUGAGUGUGGAAGGGGUUUUUUAAGAAUAGUAGACAACUGGAGAGGAACUAAACUGGGAAGACUAGUAAGGAACGUAAUGCAUCAAAAGAGCUCUGUGGUGGGAAUUCAAAGAUCUACUGUACCCAGACUUGUUGGUUACUUCUUAGUGACCAUGUGACUGAGAAUUAUGUCAGUGCUUUUGUCUUCUACAAGGUAGAGUUGAGAUUUUAGCACGUAGUUACGGUACGGUACCUUGUUUGUAAAGUGCUGCAUAUUCCUAAUACUAUACUUUGAAUGUAGUGGUUGCAAAUAUUUGUUGAAUAACAAAAAAAGAGUAUUUACUAAUGAAAGAAUAGAGGCACUGGAAUGUCCCCACUACAUCUGCCAGUAAACCUAUUAGUUCUUAUGGGAAGAAAAAUAUGUGAAACCACAAAAUACAAUUAGAAGAAAGACAAUCCUGAGGCUCUAAAGUUAUGGCAGACAUGACAAAAUCCUAGCUUUUCAUGCUGACAUUAUUUCUAAAGUUGCUGCAUUGUUGAAAGAUGCAAACCACAAAGUAAACCUUGCAGGAAAUCUUUUAAAAAAUAAAAAUAGCUUGAAGGAUGAAUGCUUCAUUUGCUGUAACUUCUUACCACUUUACUUACUAAUGAGUCAUUUCUCCCCUUCACUGAUAAUUUGUUUUAAAUGUGGUCAUAAAAUGGUUACAUUUGACUGGGGUCUGAUGUUAUAAAAUGACUGAGAAAAAAAAGUUGAGAGGCCACUAGUUAAAUAAGGGCAGGUGGGAUACUUGUUGAACUUAAAAGGCAUGAAUUGGUAUUGGUACGCUUGGUCUAGGUUUCCGAUGUCACAUUGGCUUUGUCGGAACCUCCCCUUUAUGUCCAGCAGCUGCAGCACUUUCUGUGCGCCUGGCGUCUCCAGAUCCCUAGUACCUCCUACGUUCAGUGGGUCUGGUCCUCCCACUUUGCGUCUGGUUGUUUUUAGAAAACCAUCCUUUCCUUCCUGUCCAUCUUUGAGCCACUACUAACCUCAUAUAUCUUUUUAUUUAAAUGUUGAUAACACUGUAUUAUAAUAGUAUACUUACCUGUUUUUUUAACUAAACUGUGAGCUCCUUGAGAGCAGGCACCAUGUUUUUGCUUUAUUUAUUCUCCAGUGCUUACAACUGUCCAAAAUGUAGGAAAAACACUCAAAAAUGGAAUGAAUGAGUAAAUGAGAAUGAAAAGAUUAAAUAAAUUAUUUUGCUUGUGUAA